AUGCCGCCUUUGGUUUCUUCCUCUACCUUCCUUCACUCAUGGUCGUUGCCGUUGACGGGCGGUAGCCCCUUCACCGCCGCUGCGGAACCCCCCUCCGUUGACGUCAGGUCGUUGAGUGAGAUGGAGAUAUUGGAGAACCGCGACGACCUUCCAAUCUCCCCAGACCCGGUGUUGCGUAAGGAGGUUAGGCCCCUGGAUCUCUCUCCAUUUUCCAUGAAGAAGUGGGGGGAGGGGGCCAUGUCGUGGGUUGACAUUCUUGCGAUAAACGAGUCGCCGUCUGGCACUCUGCGGAAGACCCUUUCCCUCGGCGCUAAGCUUCUCUUCAAGAACCUCACUGAUAACUGCCUCGACGACUUUAUCGAGAUUGUUUUUGUCAAGGAUUCCUGGCUGACAACGGAUAUCCUAUUUCAGGGCUUAUGCCUCGUGAAUCGGCUGACGCGACGGUAUCCGGAGUGGUAUCAAGGAUUGCUCAAGGAUGACCCUCCUUACACCAUCUCCAAGCACUCUGAGGAUGGCGAGGAUCGCCCGGGCAAUGGAGUCGAGCAAAUUAAAUGGACGGAGUCGACAAGUCUGCGGUGUUUUUUGGCCGUGUUGAUGCUCUCGAACAAGUUUCAUAGUGACGUCACCUACGAUACUGAGUCUGUUUGCAGGGUGGUGGACAUCGUGCGGGAGUACCAGAUCGAGGCGGGGAUGCAAAAGACCAACACACGGGCUUGUCCGACAGAUGGUGUUUACCUUCGCCAGAAGUCCUCGCACCUUAAUCAGUGCGAGCUGCGCGUGUGGGAGGCCCUCGGGUGUACGGUGUGGGUAACCCCACAAGAGUUCAACGCGUGCGGCGCGUACGCUCACACCCUAGGGCUGGUUGCAAGCAUGGGAUGCCAAUGGCCAAAAGUGAAAAACGAAAUCAAAUAA